CGAAAAUCACAGAGAGAGAGAGAGAGAGAGGGUGAAUUCGCCGGAAAAUCGCCGGAGAUAUAGUUUCCCAUUUUUAACGACGAGCUCCUACAGAGGAUUCAGAUUAAGAUUGAUGCGGAGGCGGAGGGCGAUGAGGAGAUCUCCAGCGAAGGGAGAUCAGAAGAAGGAGAAGACGAUGAUGGUGAGAUGUGAACGGAGAUUGUUGAAGUUCGAGGAGUUGCCGGAGUAUAUGAAGGACAACGAGUACAUACUCGACCAUUACCGAUGCGAAUGGUCCCUCCGGCACACCUUCCUCAGCAUCUUCUCCUUGCACAACGAGACCCUCAACAUCUGGUCGCAUCUGGGUGGGUUUCUAAUAUUCGUUGCGAUGGCGGUGGUGAGUUCCAAGGAGACGAGCGAGCUCGGCCUCGCCGGAAUCACCAGCGCCUUCUCCAGAUCUAAGAUUCGCUUGCCGUCAAUGUUAACGGCGAGGGACGUUUACCUCACCACCACCAUCGCCGCUACCAAUGGAACUUUGCUGCAUGGUUCGAACCCGAAUCAAAUCCCAGAGAGCCUGUUCUUCAACUUUCACAGAGAAGGUAGUCUUGAAGCUAUUCCGAAGUGGCCAUGGUUCGUGUUCUUAGCCGGAGCAAUGACUUGUUUGAUCUUCAGUUCCCUCUCUCACCUCUUCGCUUGCCACUCCAAACGCUUCAACCUCUUCUUCUGGCGCUUGGACUAUGCCGGAAUCUCCCUCAUGAUCGUCUGCUCAUUCUUCGCCCCGAUCUACUACGCAUUCUCCCGCCACCCUUACUGGCGCGUCCUCUACCUUUCUUGCAUCUCCAUCCUCGGCGUCCUCGCCAUCACCACUCUCCUCGCUCCAUCUCUCUCCGCCCCACGUUUCAGGUCUUUCAGAGCUGUGCUUUUCCUCGCCAUGGGAUUCUCGGGCGUGAUCCCUGCCACCCAUGUGCUUUACCUUCACUGGGUUCACCCUAAUGUGUUUGUCGCCCUCGGUUACGAGCUCGCCAUGGCCGUCGCGUACGCUUCAGGUGCAGUUUUUUACGUCGCUAGGGUUCCAGAACGGUGGAAGCCCGGAACUUUUGAUAUCGCUGGACAUAGCCACCAGAUUUUCCACGCCUUUGUAGUAUUAGGAGCCCUUGCGCAUAGUGCCGCCACUCUUCUUAUCAUGGAUUUUCAAAGGGCAUCUCCCUCUUGUGCCUUUUAGCAGACACUUCAAACAUUUAGUUCACUUUCAUUAUUCGUUUGUACCUUUGUAGCUCAGCUUACAGUUCCAUAUACCAAUGGAUCUUUUCAUAA